ACUUCUUCUCAUUUCCGUUCACAUUAUUGUCGACAUGUUUUGGUAACGAGGAGGCGUUCUUCUCGAAUCAUUUUUGGAUACAACAUAUUGUUUGUUGGUCUAAAGAUGAGUUCAAGAAUUGGAGUCUGCAUGCUCCUGAUAUUGCUUUUCUUCCAGAUUUGUUCUGUUUCUGCGCUCACAAAUAGCUCAGAUGCUUCUGCUUUACUAUCCCUGAAGAGUGAAUGGACUAGGUUUCCUGAGAGCUGGAAAGGCUCUGAUCCUUGUGGAACCAAUUGGGUUGGAGUUACAUGUAGCAAUGACCGCGUCAUCUCAAUAUCAUUAGGCAACCUUAACUUGGAAGGAAAGCUUUCUGCUGAUGUCUCAGCGUUGUCUGAAUUGCAGAUCUUGGAUUUGACAUCCAACCCUAAAUUGUCUGGACCGCUUCCAUCAAAUAUCGGUAACCUCAAGAAGUUGACUACCUUGAACCUUAUGGCAUGUGGUUUCAGUGGUCAAAUCCCUGAGACGAUAGGAUCUCUAGAAGCACUUACAACUCUCUCCCUGAAUUCAAAUAAAUUUAGUGGAACAAUUCCGGCUUCCAUUGGACGGUUAUCGAAACUAUUUUGGUUUGAUAUAGCUGACAAUCAGAUCGAAGGAAAGCUUCCAGUUUCUAUUGGGACUUCUUCACCUGGACUUGACAUGCUUUUGGAAACUCAGCAUUUUCAUUUUGGAAAUAAUAAGCUCUCGGGCGAUAUCCCAGAAAAGCUCUUUACCUCAAACAUGACUUUAUUACAUGUGCUAUUCGAUGGAAACCAAUUAACGGGCAAAAUCCCGGACAGCAUCAGCCUCGUUAAAACGCUGACGGUGUUACGCCUUGAUAGAAAUAAACUAACUGGAGAUAUUCCUGCAAGUCUUAAUAAUCUCACAAAUCUUCAAGAAUUAUACUUGGCCAACAACAGAUUUAAUGGAAGUCUUCCUAAUUUAACAAGCUUGAGCAGUCUCUACACACUCGAUGUAAGCAAUAACCAAUUGACAUUCUCACCCAUUCCAUCAUGGAUUUCUUCAUUAAGCUCCCUGUCAACAUUAAGGAUGGAAGGGAUCCAACUCGAAGGGCCAAUACCAAUCUCCCUUUUUAGCUCUAUUCUAUUGCAGACUGUUGUCCUAAAGCGCAAUCAGUUAAAUGCAACAUUAGACUUUGGUACCAACUAUAGCAACCAAUUGGAGUUUGUGGAUUUACAAAACAAUGAAAUAAGCACUUAUAAACUAGCAACUAGUAAACGCAUCCAAGUAAUACUGACAGAUAAUCCAGUGUGCCAAGAAGCAGGGAACCAACAGAAUGACUACUGCAGAGCAAACAAAUAUAAUACUUCUUUUUCUGCCCCUCAAAUACAUUGUUCAACCUGUGGUCAGGGCAAAGAACCUAAUCCAGUGUGCCGCUGUGUGUAUCCAGUCACAGGAAUACUCAUUUUCAGGUCACCUUCCUUCUCUGGGUUUUCUAACAACACCAACUUCAUAAUGCUCCAGCAAGGGAUAGCAGAUUUCUUCAAGAACCUCAGUUAUCAAGUGGACUCUGUGGCCAUCAGAAACAUCAGAGAGACUAUACCUGAUCAUCAGCUUCUAAUAGAUCUCCUAGUAUUUCCAUUGGACAAAGAGAUUUUUGAUGGGAUGGGGAUGAAUAGUGUGAUUUCCGUGUUUAGCACACAUGCCUAUGACCCUCCUCAAAUAUUUGGGCCUUACAUUUUUAAAGCUGAUCAAUACAGGCCUUUCUCUGGAGGUUCUACAUCAGCAAACACAGCUAUAAUAAUUGGAGCAGCAGUUGGUUCUACAGUUCUUCUACUGCUUUUAGCUGUAGCUGGGAUUUACGCUCUUAGGCAGAAGAAGAGAGCAGAGAGAGCAAGUGGUCAAAAUAAUCCUUUUGCCAAGUGGAAUAAGAGUAAGAGUAGUAUCGAUGCUCCGCAGCUAAUGGGAGCAAAAGCCUUUAGCUUUGAAGAGUUGAGGAAAUGCACCGAUAAUUUUUCAAAGGCGAAUGAUGUUGGGGGUGGAGGUUAUGGACAGGUGUACAAAGGCAUUCUUCCCUCUGGGCAACUCAUAGCAAUCAAAAGAGCCCAACAAGGAUCUUCACAAGGGGAGUUGGAGUUUAAAACUGAGAUUGAGCUUCUUUCAAGGGUCCAUCAUAAGAAUGUUGCUUCUGCUUUGAUCGAAAUGAACAAAUGCUUGUAUAUGAGUACAUUCCAAAUGGCUCUCUUACAGAUAGUCUAUCAGGGCUACUUGGAUCCUGAGUACUACAUGACGAAUCAAUUGACGGAGAAGAGUGAUGUGUAUGGGUUUGGUGUGGUGAUGCUUGAGCUAUUAACCGGUAAAAGUCCAAUACAGGGAGGAAAAUAUGUGGUGAGAGAAGUAAAGUCAAAGAUGGAUAAAUCAAGAAACUUGUAUGAUCUACAAGAAUUAUUGGACACAACGAUCAUUGCAAGCAGUGGAAAUCUGAACGGGUUCGAGAAGUAUGUUGAUCUUUCUUUGAGAUGUGUGGAGGAGGAAGGAGUGAAGAGACCCUCGAUGGGUGAGGUUGUGAAAGAGAUUGAGAACAUAAUGCAGCUUGCAGGGUUAAACCCUAACAUGGAUUCAGCAACUACUUCGAGAACGUACGAGGAAGCAAGCAAAGGAUCUGGUGAUCCUUAUGGCAAAGAACCACAAUGAUUGAUUAUGUCUUUGUUUUUCUUUUGUAAUUGUGGAUUCGCAUGAUUUGAUUUGUUGUUGUGUUGGACUAUAAGCACGAGACAAAAUUUGUUUUUUCUCUCUUUUUCAAGUCCAUGUGUUCUCAGACAAUUUGAAUCCGAGAGAUUUAUUGGUUUAGGUAAAUUUAAAGACACAAAGGUUACUUGGGUUCCAAGACAAUAAAACAGAGCUGAAGAUAUUUUUUAGUUAAA